UAGAAAAUAGCACGCCAUCCAUACUACCGUACUAUAUAGCAUGCAUACUAGAUCCAUCAUCCAUACCAUACUGUACCACCUCUAUAGUACUCUGGCAUUUUAAAUGUAGGCAACACAGCUACGCAUCCUGUGUGCUGUCCUUGGCAGUGCCUGUGCAAAAACUAGCUCGCCAUUCAUAAGAUCAGAUUGACAUCAGAUAUCUGUUUUUUUUCCCUCUCUCUCUCUCUCUUCCUUUUCUCACUGCCAAAAAACCCCAAAACAAAAACAGCUGAUCUGAAAACAGCACUGCAGCUCCAAGAAGCUGCAGUGCAGAAAGAACAGGGCGAGUGGAACAGAAUGAAGUCCAACUUAGAAAAAAAAAGAUGAGGGAGGAAUGAUGAGUGGAUGAGAGAGAGAGAGAGAGAGAGAGAGAGAGAGAAAGGGAGAGAGACAGAGCGAGAGAAAGGGAGAGAGAAUGUCGGGCAGCCAGAGGAGAAAAGUUGAGUUAGAGCCAGAUUUUCUUCAGCACUGAGACGGAGGCUCGUGUGUUUAGUCUGCAGUAAAAGAAAGCGCACUGCUGUUCUGCUGUUCUGCUGUCCCGGGAUAGAGUGUGUGUGUGUGUGUGUCUGUGUGUACGUGUGCAUGUGUGUGUGUGUGCGUGUGUGUGUUCUAUGACUGACGGUGUGAGUCUGCACGUGUGCUAGAACAUCAGGAGCAGAAGAGCACCGGUAUAUAUCCUGAAGACGAUUUCACUUUUAGAUCGUACUGUCCUCUGGAAUUCUCUCUAUAGGACACAGAGAGAGAGUUACCUGAGCAUCGGAAGAGCCUCUUAUAAAGAGCCUACACACACACACACACACACACACACACACACACACACACACACAUAUAGUAAACACACACACGACCCGGGAUCUUUCCUCAUAAACUGGAACUUCUGCUAGGACACCCUUGCACCUUGCACCAAACUCUGAAGGAAGCACCCAGAGUUCUUGGAAAAUAUACCACGGUGUGAUCCAGGUGUGCACCCAAACCACCAAGGCCUUGGAGACGGAAAUUCUGGGAGACGGACAGAAUACUAAGGAGCGGAGAACAGAGAGCGGAAGAGAAACGUUGGAACGGACUGUGAGAUGGAGAUCCUGAAAGGAAGAAGGUUCCUGCCAGAAAGGAGCUCCGUCAGCCUUCUCCUGCUUGUCAUGUUCAGUGUGUAUGGUACAUUGGAGGCACUGGAGAUGAACACCGGUAAGGUCCCCUUUUUGGAGGCGGUGAAUGGUAGUGACGUCCUGCUGCCCUGCAUCUAUGCCAGUUGCAUCGGCAUCGAGAAACUGUACGUCAAAUGGGAGUUCAAUGACAACGGCACCAUGGUAAAGGUGAUGGACUCCGUGGUCCCAACGGAUCACGCAGAGCCAGUGAACAAGCACAUUUACCGGGAGCGUGUGGCAUUCAUGGGUGCCAGUAAGACAAACAAUGUGUCCAUUAUGAUCUGGAAUGUGACCUUCGAGGACGCUGGCCAGUACACGUGCUUCGGCAAGAACCCCAAAGAGAUGGGCAAGAACCACAGUGCCAUCUUCACACUCUACGUGGUGGAUGAACUACGGGUUGUGGAUAACACUCUGACCAUGAUCAUCGUGUCGUGUGUGGGAGGAGGCAUAGCUCUGCUGGUGAUCUUCAUGCUGCUCAAGAACCUCACGCUCUUCGUCCUUGCCAAGGUCGAGGAGAAAAAUAAGGAGUGCCUCGUCUCCUCAGGGAUCGAUAAUACGGAAAACGGACUGUCCGGCUCCAAAGUGACACCCAAACCUACGCCAAAGAAAGCCUGA